CCCCCAUGACCUCGGCCCAGUGUCCUCCCCAUGGCCCCACCGCGGUGGCAGCUCCCCAAAAGGGGCUGCCAAGGCGGGUUAUUGCCAAUGGCUCAUCUGCAUCCGCCCUCCUCCCGGUCCUCCCCUGCUCCUCCCUUCUCCAAAUCGCUGCCGUACGACACCGCCGGUGCGCGGGGCUGCGCGGCCGCCCAGCAACGGCCGGCACCGGGGGAGCCACCGCGCCGGGGGUUGGCGUGAGUAGGGGGCUGCGGUGGCGGGGGUGUCCCCAAGGGGGAGGCCGGGUGGCUCCGGCUGUCACCGCUGCCUUGUGUCCUGCCGGGAUUGUUGGGUUUUGCCAUCCCUGUCCUUCCCGUGUCCUUCAGCGGGAGCCCGUCGGCACCGGGGCAGAGUGCUGUGGGUGCUACCCUGUGUGCGGCCUCUGCUCGGCAGGGAGAUGCCGCUGGAGGAUGGGGAUGCAGCGAGGCAGAGGGGCCAGUGGGUCAAUGGCAAGGUCAGUGGUACCCCGUGGCUUGGGGAAACAGAGGACCCGCUGCUCCAGGACACGACAGCACCCGAUGGCAGCAGGACGGAGCCAACACUGGGUGACAAGAACGUGGCUCCCAAGGGGGCCCUGCAGCAAGCAGGGCAGCGUGAAGAAGCCUUGAUGACUGAGCUCUCGGAGCUGGUGCAGAAGGUGGUGAAGAGCAGCAGCUGGUGGGAACGGCACGGGGUGGACAUCAGCAUCCUCGGCUGCAGCUUCCUCCUGCUCCCAGCAGCUGGUUUCUCCACAGGGUUCCUGUGCCUGCGGUCAGCCCAGGCUAUCCCUUUCCUGGCUGGUGUCCUCACCCUUGGCGUGGUGCAUCAUACCCUGACAGUGAAGGGCAGCCACCUGGCCAGCCACAACGCCUUGACCGAGUCCAAGUCCUGGGGCAAAGUGUGGGCCAUCUUCUUCAUUGAGCUCUGCUCAGCGUUCACAGUCGAGCAGGCCACUUACAACCAUGUGAAGAUCCACCAUGGCUACACCAACGUCAUCGGCCUGGGGGACUCCAGCACAUGGAAGCUUCCUUUCCUGAACCGCUACGUCUACAUGUUCAUCGCGCCUCUCGCGGUGCCCAUCUUAACCCCUCUGGUUGCACUUGAUUUGUUGAGGAAUGUGGAGUGGAAAGCAGCUCUCCGGACCCUCUGCUGCAUGUUUCUGGGUCUCUACUGCCAUUACUGGCUGCUGCUCCACGUCUCGGGCUUCCAGUCGCCGUGGUCCGCCCUGCUCUGCAUGCUGCUCACCCGCUCUCUCCUGGCCCAUCCCUACAUCCACGUCAACAUAUUCCAGCACAUCGGGCUCCCCAUGUUCGCGGCCGAUCGGAAGCCCAAGCGGAUCCAGCUCAUGAGCCUGGGUGUGCUCAACCUGCCCCGCAACGCGCUGCUCGACUGGUCCUUCGGCCACUCGCUCAUCAGCUGCCACGUGGAGCAUCACCUCUUCCCCAGCCUCUCCGACAACAUGUGCCUCAAGAUCAAACCCAUCGUCUCCCAGUACCUGAAGCAGAAGAAGCUGCCAUACAAUGAGGACACCUACACCUCCAGGCUCCGUCUCUUCCUCCAGAGAUACGAGGAGCUCAUGGUCCACGCUCCCCCCCUAACGGAGCUGGUGGGCAUCCAGUGAGGAUGGGACCCCAGGACUCUGGGAUGUUUCCUGCAGGGACUUGUGACAGCGAUGGCUUUAGCAGGAUUGGGGCAACACAAACGCCUCCAGAAAGCCAUCAUGUAGGAAACAU